CUGUCACGAUUCCCACUCAACUUACACAUAGUUGUUUACAUUGGCAAUUUUAUAUUGGAAAUAACAAUGAGAUAGCAUAUAAACACAAGAAAUUAGAGGUUAAACCAACGUUUUACACGCUGAAACCAUAAUGGCUGCUAAUGGUCAAAUAGGCAUUACGAAAUCCGUUGCGGUCACAUUCGUGAUCGGAGUGUGUUUUGGUUCCGUGUUGGCAUAUUAUUAUUUGACUGUUUCAACGUCUGCGUCGUAUCCAGUGCCAGUUUUGCGACAAACGUCAUCUUACGUUCCAAAUUCAGCAUUUGAUCAUGACCAUCUUUAUUCAGAAGGCUCUCCAACAAAAGGGUUGAGUUGGAAAGAUGAAAUGGCACACAGUCACAAAGUGGAGUCCAAUGAGGUAGCUAGAAUCUUGCAUGACAAGGUGCGAGUGCUUUGUUGGGUCAUGACCAAUCCAUCUAAUCAUGCUCUAAAAGCCCAGCAUGUGAAAGCAACAUGGGGAAAGCGUUGCAAUAUACUUUUGUUUAUGAGCUCUGCGGCUGAUUCAUCACUGCCAACUGUUGUACUGUCAGUCACGGAGAGCAGGGACACACUUUGGGCAAAGACAAAAUUAGCUUUCAAGCAUGUUUAUGAAAAUUACCUUGACAAGGCUGAUUGGUUUUUGAAGUCUGAUGACGAUACUUACGUGAUUGUUGAAAACCUACGGUAUUUACUUGAGGAUAAGAAUGCAACCAAACCGAUCUUCUUUGGCCGUGAAUUCAAACCAUAUGUCAAGAAUGGAUAUAUGUCAGGGGGUGCCGGCUACGUUCUCAGCAAGGAGUCGUUAAAAAGAUUCUACAAUGGUUUGGGAGAUAGCAGCAAGUGUCGCCAGGACGCCGGUGGGGCAGAAGACUUGGAAAUGGGCAAAUGUCUGCAGGAAGUGGGUGUGGUGCCUAUGGAUUCCAGGGACGAACUUCAGCGGGAGAGAUUUCACCCAUUUGUUCCUGAGCACCAUCUGAUCCCAGAUAUUCUGCCCAAGGACAUGUGGUAUUGGUCAUACAAUAAAUACCCGGCAAAACAGGGGCCGGAUUGCUGCAGCGAUUACGCAAUCAGUUUCCACUACGUCAACCCAAACAUGAUGUAUGUUCUGGAGUACAUGGUGUAUCAUCUGAAAGCGUACGGCCACGAUACCAUUCUGAAACUUGAAUGUGAAACCACACACCCCACAAGUACCGUACCCAAGAGUAGAAAAUCUCUGGAAAUGGAAGACCCAGCUAAACAAAAGAUAAUUUCUCCUAGUCUUCUUUCUUCAGAAGGAUUGAUUACAGAGUCUUCUAAGGGGUUAAACCAAGAAGAGUCUGGUAAGGGGAGUAACUCUGAAGAUGCUGUGCCAAAAAAACAGAGUCGUCCAGAUCCAGGGAAUGAGAGAAAUGAUGUUGAUAAGGAUGUAAAUGCUGAAAUUAUGGAUGAAAAUCUUGUGAUAGAUAAGAUUGAUAAGGUAACUGGAGAUGAUACAGGUUCAGGGCUAAAUCAUUAUCUUACCAACAGCUAAUAAGAAGUUGCCUUUAGGAAGUACUUGACAAUUUGUCUUCUAAACAUAAUGAAUCUGUGUCAACAAGUUUAAGUUAAACUUUUUUUCAUCAUUUAAUGAAAUAGGUGUAUACUAGUAAAUCAAAUUCAUAUAAUCAAACUGUUCACAGACACUGUUAUAAUGAUACGAUUGUCUGAACUCAUGGUGGCCAUCUUUUCUAACAAGUCCUAGUCAUUUGUACAGGUUAUUUAUAUAUCAAACAAGUAUUAAAUUGUACAUUCACCUUUUAAUCAAAUUUCUUUGAAUUUUGUAAUAGUCUAAUUAAAUUUUGAAGACUAUGUCAACUCUUUACAUUGUAUGAAAGUGUCAAGCCCAUGCAUACAUGUAUCAUUAAAAAUGUGAUGCUCCUACUUGACGAAUAACUUACUGAUACCCAUGUACUAUGGCAAAAUCAAGAAAUAGAUGUCAACUUCUAAAAUUAUAUAAAGUCAAGCCACCUCAUUUGUAAUUCAACUGAAAACAAACUGCAUAAAAAGGUUUUAACCUUCCACUUUAUACAAUUAUUACCAAAUACAUAAAAGAAAUGUCUCCACUUCACAUUAUACGAUAUUUCACCCACUCCAUAAUUAAUAAUGUCUACCCAGCAUAUAAUAUAAUAAUAUAUGUAAUAUAGGCUGUCUACACAAAACAUAUUUUAAUUGAACCCACCACAUAACAAAGAAGUCUACCCACCAAAUAAUACUAUUAUUCCCCCCCCCCCCCACGCACACACACAGCUUUUUUUAUAAAGGCUGUGUACUCCCACCUAAUACAAUUUGUAUAUUUUUGCUUUUCGUUUAUUUUCACCAGCCAAAACAGCUUUAAUUAGUAUUAUUAUUAAUGGUGAACGUGCUGACUUUUCGGUAAUCAGCUUACCUGGGCACAAUGUGGUGAAAUUUGUGAUCACCCUGUGUCCGGUGUGUAGUGUACUUUGUCAACAUUUUCCUAUGUCCAUUAUGUAGUGUACUUGGUCAACACUUUCCUUGUUUACAUUUACAGAGGCCACACUAUUGUCAACUUGUCAUGAAAUUUAGUCAGAACAUUUUCCUGCAUAAAAUCUUUGCCCAGUUAGAAACUGGGUCACGUGGGGUCAAAAACAAGGUCACUAUGUCAUAGUGGAGAGAAAGCAUGUAAACGCUAGAAGUUGCAAAUUUUGCCCAAUGAAAAUGAAAAUUGUGGAGAACAUUUAUUCUUAUAAUAUUUCAGCUGAGUUACAAAAUGGUUCUGUUUCAUUAUAAAAUAUGGUUGUCAGGGAGCAGGGCAGGUUUUUAUAUAGUAUAUAUUAUGGAACUUGCUUGAAAUAUCUGUAGUCCCAGUUGAAUUUGUAAAUGUUUUCCCUCAGUUGAAAAACAUGGUCAUUUAUGUUGUAUUAUGAAACCCUCUACGAUCUUCUCUUGAGAUAAGUUUAGUUUCUAGGGCCUUCAGGCGAGCACUCUUGUAAAAAAAAAGUAAACUGCUUCUCAGAUUCUUGUGUUUGUAAUAAUAUUUUGUACAUUUCAUACAAAAUAUGUUUCUUUGUUUUUUCAAAUUCCAUUUUUGAAUUUCCAUAUACCAAACCCUGCAUAAUUUAAUAUACAACGACAUGAGAAUGUAAUAUGUCCCAAUAGGGUUAUAAUUUAAAAAAAAUUCAAUAUAAGCUAGCAAUUUAUAAUUGUAAAUUGUAAAUAAAAACAGGCCUUGUUGGUCAUCACUCCUUGCUAAGUGAAAUAUGUAUUGUACCCCUUAUGUGAACAUUAUAUAUGGGCUGAGCUCUGUGAAAGGGGGUAUAAUGCAUGUGUUUGAAGUGUCAACCAAAGUUCAAUACUCUAUGACAUGUAGAGAAGUUUUAAUCAAAGUAAACAGUAUUAUUGCUAAAACUUUUUGUUUUACAUUAAACCAAAUAAAAGUACAGUUAACUAAUCCAUGACAUCUAAAGAAGUUGUUUGCAAAAUAAAAUAGUUGCUUCUUUUUGUAUCUUAAAAUGUUAUGACUUUAAAUGUGUUGAUAAUUGUUCUUUUGUUAUCAUAAGUUAAAAUUUUCUGUAUGAUAUGAUUAAUGUGUGGAGCAUUGUUAUUUUAUUAAUUUUAGUAUAUUUUUAACCAGGUUUUCCGAAGGAAAAAACUGGUUAUUAGAUUGGCGAAUGCGGGCGGGCUGGCUGGCUGGCGGGCUGGCUGGCGGGCUGGCGGAACAAGCUUGUCCGGGCCAUAACUUUGUCGUUCAUUGUGAGAUUUUAAAAUCAUUUGGCACAUUUGUUAACCAUCAUUAGACGGUGUGUCGCG